AUGCUGCCCCUGCUGGUGCUGCCCCUGCUGUGGGAGGGGUCCCUACAGGAGUAUCCAGGGUACCAGCUCCAUGUGCAGGAAUUGGUGAUGGUGCAGGAGGGUCUGUGUGUCCUCGUGCCCUGCUCCUUCUCCUACCCCUUGGGUUCCAGCUAUGGUAAACUCUACAUAUACUGGUUCCGUGAUGGGGACAACAGGCGCCACCAAAGCCUUGUGGCCACAAACAACCCAGAGCAACAAGGGAAUGUAGAGACGGAGGGCCGGUUCCGCCUCCUCGGGGACCUCAGGACCAACAACUGCUCCCUGAGAAUCAGAAACGCCAGGAGAAGUGACACAGGCGUCUACUUCUUCCGAGUGGAGAGAGGAUAUUAUGUGAACUAUAAUUACAGAGAUAAGAAGCUGAAUUUGCAGGUGACAGACCUGACAGAGAAACCUGACAUCCACUUUCUGGAGCCUCUGGAGUCCGGCCGCCCCACAAAGAUGACCUGCAGCCUGCCAGGGUCCUGUGACGGGGGAAGAUCUCUCACGUUCUCCUGGGUCAGGAGUCCUUCUGACUCGCUGGACGGCAAGAUCCACCACUCCUCGGUGCUUACUCUCAUCCCGAGGCCCCAGGACCAUAACACCAACCUCACCUGUCAGGUGAAACUCCAAGGUGUUCACUUGACCCGAGAGAGAACCAUUCAGCUCAAUGUCUCCUAUGCUCCACAGAACCUCACCAUCCGUGUCUUCUCCGGAAAUGUCACAGCCCUGAAGACCCUGAGCAACCGCACAUCGCUACCUGUCCUGGAGGGCCAGUUCCUGCGCCUGGUGUGCGUGGCUGAUAGCAAGCCCCCUGCCAGGAUGAGCUGGUCCCGGGAGGGAAAAACCCUGAGCCCCUCCCAGCCCUCAGCACCUGGUGUCCUGGAGCUGCUCCAGGUCGGGGCUGGAGAUGGAGGGGAAUUCACCUGCCGAGCUCAGAACCUGCUGGGCUCCCAGCAUGUUUCCUUCAGCCUGUCUGUGCAGAGAUGCCCCUCUUCAUGCAGCUGUGUGACUGGGGAGCAGCAGUGCUCCUGGGACCUGGUCCUCACCCUGAUCAGAGGGACCCUCAUGGGGGUUGGCUUCCUCCUCACCUAUGGUCUCACCUGGAUCUACUACACCAGGUGUGGAGGCCCCUAGGGGGCAGCGCUGAGAGGCCUCACUAAGGAUCCUUCCUUCUCAAGGUGGGACUGAGGUGUGGACACAGAGUUCAGAGGGACAGACGUGGGGACAUCGCUGUCAGCUUCUCCCGGGAAACUCUCGACUCAAACUCUAUCUCAUUUGUACCCACGGAUUUCAAUUUGUGGAGGCGACUGAGUGACGACAUGGACAGUUCAAUGCCACUGAAAGAUUUUUAUUACUUACAUUUCUGGAGAGGAGGUGGCACAUCACUCCCUGCAAUGCCAUAGGGGAAGCACCAGGUUUGGUCAGGAGACAGAAGCAGGCAUGGGGGAAGCCUAGCCCAGGGCCUUUAUUGGGGUUUCCUCAGGAAAGGAAGUUAGGGCAGGCACAUGGUUUAGGAUUAGCUGGUUUGAACAAUUCUGGGGGGCUUUGGCUAACAGGGGUGGUCUCUAGUUGUCUGGUACCUGGUCUUUGGUAAUUAGGGCAGGGGAAAUAGUGGUUUGGUGGGUGGGAGUUAGAUCAAGAGUGUGCCUGGGGGACAUAAACUCAGGAUUGGUUGGUUUGCAUCUGAAAGAUAUCUCCUGGCAGAGCCCUUUGCGGUCUCUAAGAUUUGGCUACUCCUCAGAGUGGGGCAGACUCCCCCUGGCCAGAAAGCUUUUUAAGAUGUCAAAAAAUCAUAAGAUACAGAAAAUAAAAACAUGAUCACUUCACACACACCCCACUGACUGCCGCCUUGUUUCUGCCUGCUCCUUUCUCCAUCUCUUACCAACCCCUCCUUGUUGGUCCUGCCCACCUCCCCUCCCACCCUCCUCUCUCUCCCUCCCCAGCCCUACUAAGGGAAUGACUUGGAACCUUACCCUCCUGUUACCCAGAAGUUACCCGGUUAACACCUGAGUUUCUGGUCUCCCAAACUUCCCCAUCAAUGGAGACAUCCAUACACAGCAGAGUCAGGAGCACAGCUUUUCUUUCCCGGUUUAAAGACGCCCAUCUCGUAAUUAUCAUUAUAAAAGAUGACAACAUUUAUUU